AUGCUCACACCCUGUCUCCUCGUUUGCCUGCACGGGCGAUGUGCAGUACGACAUAUCCGAGGAGGGGGGAGGCGAAAAAAUGAGCAGCCCACGAGGCUGGAACCAGAGGAGAAGAAGAAUAAGGAGAUGAAAAAGGAGAGGUACAGGAGGUACCGAGAGAUCAUGAUGAAGAGCAAACAGUACAAGGCCGAGAAAAAAAAGAGCAAGGCAGAGUACGACAAGAAGAGGGAGGAGCUUGACGCGGAGUACGACAGCAUCAAGUUGAUGCUGACGCCGAUCAUGAGCUCCCAGACUAGUCGGCGCGUCCCUGGCUCCGUCUUCGACGAGAUCCGAAAGGAAAUGAGGGCCAUCGCCGCCGAGCCCCCAAGGCAGUCGCAGGAGCUGACGGAAGAAGACAAGGCGUUUCUGCAGCGAAUGAAGGAGAAGGACGAGGACGAGCCCGUCAACGAGCGGCUGGAAAGAUUCAGGGCGACGCGGAGGCUGAGGAGGAUGGAGGAGAGGAAGAGCAGGAGGGAGGAGCAGCAGGCGGGUUGA